GCGGCUGCUGCUGCUUCCACCGCCGCCGCCGCUGCUGCUAAUCUUCUCUCCCGCGAGGCAGCGAGCCGAACCGGCGCUGUUGCAGACAGACGCGCGCUUCCCUCCACCUUCGACGCAUCGCCGCCGUCGUGCUGCCUUCGCUGGAAGCUGGGACGUCUUCUUUUUGGACUGUGCCGAUGUGAUUGCCGGUUUGGACGGAUUCGUUUUUUGCUCUCGGUUUGCUGCAGUGAAGUGCGGAUUCUUUUCUUGUUUCUCUUAUACUCGGUGUGAUUGCCGAGGGAAGUGCGAGACGACUUUUAUUUCCAGAAGUGAGGCUGUACAGUGUUUUUAUUUUUUAAACAGUUUCGUGAAUACUCGAUUCGAGUUCGAGAUAAAAAAAAAAGUUUAACGAAAAUGGCAAACAGGCCGAAGGAAGACAGGGAAGGUUUCCUCCGCGACUUCUGCUUAUCAUAUAGAUUGCAGAAAAGGAUGAAGCAGGAAGCGAGCCAGAAAGUCGAUUAACAAGUUUCUCCGCGAGCGGAGCGCAUCUCUCCUUUUUCUCUCUCUCUUUCUCCUCUUUAGUACAUACACACACGCGUCGCCGGACGUUCAGUAGGUUAAUCCAGUGUAUCGCGGUGCCAGAUCGUGCAGCGUUUUUUCUUCUCGCAUUUUACCAGAGAUAUACCUACAGCUCCGGAGGCUGCCCCGGACCGACGUCGUGCGAUGCAAAUCAUUCCAGUGGUCGUCACGGAGUUCGGUUCCGGUCCGAUCAUAAUUAGAUACAGCCCACGCGACCGAUAGUCAUAAACAUCUACCCCGACUCUCAUCAAUACGUCAGCUCGAGAGGAAGACCACCCGCACCUACCCACAGCUAAAAGAGGCAGAAAACAUGACCGACACGAUGUCGUGCUGCGAUGGUUUCCGGCUUCCUGCGGCGAGCGAGUGCUCGUUGCGCAGCAAGGCUCGGAUCGACGCCCUGUUCGAGGACUCGCGAUCGGUCUGCAGUUCCAGUUUCGCGGGAGCCGGACCUUGGGCCUCGGUACAGGACGCUGAAGGAUGUUGCGCGGGUGACGAGGACCAGCGCAGGGUCAACAGCGCCGUGCAGGCCAGGAUCGAGGCCAUGUUCGCCUCGGUCGAGGCCGAGAGCUCGGUGCCAGGCGAGUGUGCCGCUGCUGUCUUACCGGUGAAGUACAUGGGCGCAGCACCGGUGGGCGGCCGCGUGGCCUCGGUGCGCGGGCUUCAGGAGCCUCUGCGCCAGCUGGUCGAGCGCAUCGCCGACUCCGUGAACGCCGAGCUCGAGGUCUCGCGUCGCGGUCUCACCUUUCGCACGAGCGAGCUCCACGAGAAGAACAAUCCCUUUCGACGAAUCGCCGUCUGGAGCGCGCUCAAGUUGCAGACUCGACGCCGGCACAAUAACUCGAACGCACAGGAUCUGCUGCACGCAUUCGUGCCCCUGGUAGCAGACGACCGACCGUCCGGUCCCUCGAGUUCCCUGAGCAACAACAACAGCGACGACCGUCACGCGGAGCUGUACCGAACGAUGCGCGGCCUCGCCAAGGACGUGGAGAACUACCCCCCGAUCUUCGCGGUGGUGAUGCGUCGUCCUGGCGCUGCACGAUUGCUCGAGUGUCACGCGUUCGCCUGUCGUUGCGAGGAAGACGCCAUCGCCGCCGCGGCUACUCUCUACCGAGCUCUGCUAGCCGACCUGGAAGCCACGUCCAGAAGGCCGAGGCAGAAGAACGGAUUGGGCUGCGUCAGCCUGGCGUCGGUGGCGUCGAGCGUCAGGGAGACCAGCCCUGGGUCCAGGAGGAGAGGCAGUUUGGACUUUCUGAGUAGCAGGACGGACGUGGUGAGCGAGAAAGCUGCUCCUCCACCGCCACCUCCACCACCAGCAGCGCUUCAUCAGCCGACGAGGCCUCCGAGAGUCAAGAAGCACUCGGUAAGCAGCAGCGUGAACACGGAGAGCGAUCACAGUUCGUCGUCGCCCUGCACGAACGUCAGCGUCGUCGACAAGGCGCAACGUCGUGUGAAGAAGAACUCGGACGUCAAAGCUGAGGACGUUCUCGAGGCCCGUAGUCGAGUCUACUCGCCCGUGAGGGAUCCAAACGCGAAGGAGUCCAACGCAGUGGCGAGGCGAAAGGAGAGCAAUUCGAGCUCGACGUCCUCAUCGAAUUUGGAGCAAACCAAGGAGGAGCGGCGCAUGAACGCGAAAAACAAGAUCUACGGCAGCAGGAGUUCCCAGAACCUGGUGGCGUCGGAAGAGGUGCAGGUGAUCGAGAAGAUCUACAGCCGGGAGAACGACAAAUCGUCGAGCGAUCGCGAACGCAGCGGUUCCUGCGACUUCAGCUGCUGCACUGAGAAUUCGCUCUACGAGAGCACCCGCAUCUACUCCAAAGCUGGUAAUCCCGGAUCCAACGAAAGGGUCUACGAGGUAACCAGGCCCUCGGGCCGCUCGACGCCGAGCAGCCGCAAAUCGACGACGGGCUCCUCCUCCGGCAGGCCGCCGGCGCCGGCGCCGAGUAGACCCGAGGAAUCCACCCGCGCCGAGCAACGAGGGAGAAGCAGUAGCGCCGCGCGGCAUCGGGACCACUUUCGCGACGUCGACAAGAUUUACAGCCUCGAGUCCGACGACGUCUACUCCAGGGGCUCGAGGGACCAGAGGAUUUACGACGUGACUCGUCCCAACAGACAAACCGCCCCGUCAAUUCGAAGCGACAACAACUCGGUGCGCUCGAACAAGCGCGUCAACCGCGUGUCCACGAUGGACCGUCCCCUCCGUCGUCCGAGCGUCGAGCCACCCCAGCCACCGAGCCUCACCCAACUACCCUCCCAACGAUCUCAACAAUCGCAGCAGCAAGAGCCGCGUCAGCGCAGGAGGAGUCGCGCCGGCAGCGAACCUCCGAUUUCGCGAACCGACGCUGCAGCUGCUGCCGCUGCCUCAGCAGCAGUGAUACUGAAACGAUCCCAGAGCGACCUGGACCUCGACAGAGGCGACCUCAUGACGAGGGUCGAACUGCCCAGGAGGGGAAGCUUCCUGAAACCCGGUAGCGUGAGGAAGAGGGACGGCAUCGAGGGCGGAGGUGGCGGUACUCCUCUCGGUUUCACGGAACUCUUCGACGAGUUCAGGAACCAGGAGGGACUCACUAGUGUCGAUGACAUCCUCGCCGCCAUCAUCGAUCCAGAGGGCAUGUCGUUCAACGACCUGAAGCCCCUCUACAAAGAGUUCCUCCUGAAGCUCGCAGCCACUUUGACCCAGGACGAGCUGUACCAGCGCUCGGCGAGCAUAAUGCGCCGUCGCCGAGGCCGGCCCCAGCGUCGCAGGUCCAGUUGCAGCAACAGCGGCUCUAGUCGGCCCAGUCUCCUGCGCCGGGCCAUCAAGCGAUCGGUAUCGAGGCUGCGCAGCAGCACGAGCGCGCCGACCGAGUUCACCUCCGUGAUCUUCCCGGCAAGGAGACUGAACGAGAGGAGCAGCUGCGGCAGCUCGUCGUCCUGCGACGCUAUGAAAGGGGGACAUGCCAGCAGUGGCUCCGGACAGGCCGAUCGAGGACACUGUCACGGAAGCCGGAGCAACAGGGUGCUGGCGAGCAAACUGGGCAGGAGGAGGUCCACCACGAGGUGCAGCAACUCCAAGAGCAGGAUGGGGCAUACCACGUCGGAGGACAGUGACACGUGUAGACGAUUCGGCCGGGGAAUGAUAGCAGCGAACCGCAGCAGCAGCGGCUACGUCAGCUGCAGCGAGUGCAGCUACGACUCCGAGUCCUGCACCUGCGUCUCGGCGGACAAGUGCUACUGCUCGUUAUCCCGGAAAACUCCGCAAGGCCCGAACUCCAUGGCAGCACAACGAGCGCCAAUGGCGAUGCCAUGUUCGUGUGACACCGACAGCUGCUCCGAGAGCAACAAGUGCUACUGCGCGAGGAAGCCCGGGUUGAUGGGACCCAGUCACUCGAGUCAUUCCAUGCAGCCCAGCAUUCUCGAACAGCUGAGGCAGAAGGGUAUCGUGCCGUCGGAGAGUACGCUGAGCAGAGGCGCCAGUCCGGACAGAACUAAGAGCACGAGGGGUAGCAAGAGCUUGGCCACCAGCAAGAGUCUGGAGUACUUGAAGGUCCGAUCGUCGUCGGUUCGCGGUAGCACAGACAACCUCGCGCUGGACUACGACCUCUUCAGUCCGGGCUACCAGCACAACCACCCUCAGCCAUCCAACAGUCGCCGCUCUUCUCAAUGCUCGUCGGGCAGUGAAAAGGUACUAGUGGUCAGCGCUCGUGAUCCCCAAGGUCGACUGAUCUACGUGGGUGGCAGUGGUCGGGAGGGCAAAAGGUCCUCCCGACACUGCAAGGGCGGGAGACACGGUCGUCAGCCUACCGGACAUCACGAGGCAUUGAGCAUCAAGAAGAGCGCCGAGAUAGCUGCGGUCUUUGGAGGAGGACAGGCCAGGCUCGGUAGAAGAGCCAGCAGCACUUCGAGUCUCAGGAGCUCGGUCAGCUUGGAAGCCGGUCUGGGCUACUUGCCGUGAUUUGUGUAUAAUUUUGUUGAUGAGUUUUUGGAAUGUAAGUAAGCAAGAAAAUUGAAUUCAAUAUCAUACGACGCACGUGUUACGAUUUUCUUCUAAUCUGAAUUGGUGCUGGUCUGUAUGACACUGAAGAUUUAGAUAGGACGAUAUUUUUGAUUAAGAAUGUUUGCUUUAUUUUAAUUUAUUUAUGAAAAUCGUUAAAGGAAUCAUUGCAAGCUAUCUAUGUAAUAACUGAACAUGAAGUGGAUAUAAACACUAAAUCACAGUUACGAAUCUAUAACAGGACACAAGUGCAAUUAGCGGUAAUAAUAAUUGUUUUAUUACAAGGGCUUUAUGAUAAUUAACAUUAUUAUAUUUUAACUAUAAAAAAACUUACAAAUGUCUUACUGUGAAGUAAAAAGAAAUUCAGUUGUAUAUUUACAUAAAUUAUUAAAAAAAUUGUUGACGUAGUAUUGUAAAAUAUGUA